UACUGUUUCCCACUACACUACUAUUCAACAUUUAAUUUACCUCUAUCCCAUAGCAUAUAACCAAAAAAGAAAAGCUCCAAAUUCCCCAAAGCUUCUUCUUCUUCUCAUGGGAAACAAGAGUGGGAGGAAUUCGUGGUUGAAUGCAGUGAAGAAGGCCUUCAGAUCUCCCACCAACGACGAUGAGAUGAAGAGAAGCAGCAGAAGAAGAGAAGAUGACGAGCCAGAAGAUGAACAAAAAAAAAGUGGAAAGAAGAGAUGGAUAUUUGGCAGAUAUUUAUCUGUGGAGAAGACGAGUCAGCACAACGUUAGCGGAGAAGAGAAUUUGGUGAGGAAGCAGCCCAGAAUGGAGGGCGAGCACAAACAUGCAUUGGCGGUGGCUGUGGCGACCACGGCCACGGCGCAAGCGGCGGUGGAGAUGAUCCGGCUCACUAGGCCGGCCCUUUUGCUCAAACAAGGCAAGGCCGCUCUCUUCAUUCAGAAAAUUUUCCGAGGAUACCUGGCAAGGAGAGCUCUAAUGGCGUUGAGAGGCGUGGUGAAGCUGCAGGCAGUAAUAAGGGGCCACAAUGUCCGAAAACGUGCAAAAAUGACUCUCCAAUGCAUCCAAUCUCUCGUCCGGGUUCAAUCCAUAGUUUGUGACCAGCGCCGGAGGCUGUCCUGCGAAGCCGCAACCUUAGACUCAAUGUUCACGCAGUCCAGUCGAGUUUCGAAUCGCUCGGACGUUGGUCCUACCGAGCUUGAGAAAAUUCAUGCUUUAAUACACAAGACAAAAGAAUGCUCACUCAAACAGGGCAACACUCUAGCUCAUGCAUCGUCUAAGCGGAUUUGGGCGACUGAGGAUGAAGAUUCAAGCAGGAAAACAGGAUAUAGUUGGAUGAGGAAAGAUAGGAAUCUAUGCAAUCAAAGAGAUCCAAUCAAGACUAUUGAAGUAGAUUCCAUGUUUAUGCCCGCAGGUUUCAAUGCGAAGCGCCUCAAUCUCCGUCUUCAAUCUCCUAGCACUCCCAAGACAAGGCCCAUCCCGUGUUACCAGCCAGACGCAGCUGAGUCGCCUAGCUCGCGAAGGAUGAGCAUGAGCGACAAGUCUUGCCCUCUGCCUCGGCCAAACUAUAUGGCGGCCACUGCAUCAGCUAUAGCGCGUGUUAGACCAAACAGCGCGCCAAGGCAGUACAGGCAGUCGAGCCCGAGUAGAGAGGUGGCUAAGAAGCGCCUCUACUUCCCUGACCAAGAUUAUGUGGAUCAAUCCAACUACCAAAGAUGCAGAGAUAAUAAGCCUUAUUACGCCACAGAUUGACAUGCAAGAAGGGAUAAUGUGCCUAAUUUUCUAUGACAUUCUUAGAUGAAUGCACAUAGUAACUGUAAUAAGCUCAGCAAGCAAUCUUCAACAACUUAUGUCUGAUCUUGAAAUUCCUCAGAAUUUUUUUCCUCUGUUUUUCUGUGUUAGGGAAUUUGACUCAUUUUUGGAACAAUGCUGAAAUGUCUUAGAAUACUGUUCCCCGGA